AUGAAUAACAUCAACAUGGCCAACAUGGCCGCCAUGACUGGUGCCGUCGGCGCUCCGAUGGGUAUGAUGAACAAUGUCGGUGUCCCGCCCGGCGCGGCAAACCGGCCCCAGCCUCCGCAGAACCAGCAGCAAGCACAACAACAGCAGCAGGCCCAGCAGCAGCAGCAGCUUCAGCAGCAACAGCAACAGCAGCAGGCACAACUCCAACUUCAACAGCAGCAGCAACAGCAGGGCCUUCCGCAAGGGCAGCCCCACGGCCAACCCCAGGGCCCGGCCCCGGGCCUCCCCAUGCAGGAGAUUGGCAACCGCACGUUGCUCAACACCUACAUUUACGAGUACUUCCUCCGCUAUGAGAUGCUGGACUGCGCCCGCGCGAUCCUUGGCCAGCAGGUGAACUUGCAGAAGGAUGGCCCUGACGGCCGCCGCGACGAGAACGGCAACAUUAUCAAUGGCGUCGGCGACGAUGCUAUGGACACCGACUCCAAGGACUUUGCCGACGCAAAGACCGUCGAGGACCUGCCGACCCCGAACUUACCCAUGCCGUCGGAUAGUAGUUUCCUCUUCGACUGGUUCUGCCUCUUCUGGGAAAUGUUCAACGCACAAAAGGGCAAGGGUCACCAUUCUGGCGUGAACCAAUACACGCAGCACAUGCAGUCUCGCCUUCGUCAAGCCCAACAACAGGACAUGCUCCGUCAAAUUCGACCCGAUUUUCAGCAGCAGCAGCAGCAGAUGAUGAUGCGCAAUAUGCAGAAUGGCGGCAUGCUCGCCAUGAAGCAGGGGAACAAUCUCCCGCGUACGGCCAUGGCGAAUAGCCAGAACAUGCCGUCGCUAAUUCUUGUUUUUCCUCGUCCCCACAGCCCGCAAGGUAUGAAUAUGCUUCAGGCAAAACAGGGCCAGAUGCAGCGGGACCCGUCGGAUCUUGACGGCAACCGCGCGCGCCCCUCGUCUCCUGGCUCGGGUGACAAUGCUCCGUCGCCCUCCAAGAGACCCCGCCUGGACAGUGUGCCAUUUAACCCCAACCAAGCGGCUCUGAUGCAAAACGGUCGUCCGGUUGCUCAGGGCAUGCCUGGCCAACAGGUAGGAACCGGUCCUAUAAACCCUCAGGUUCACCAGAUGUUUCUCGCCAACGGUGUGAACCCCGCUAGUCUGAGCACCGAGCAGCUCCAGCAGUUCUCCCAGCAAUCCCCCGCCGCCCAGGCCAAGAGUAUUCAGGCUUACUCACAAAACCUGCAACAGCAUCACAACGCUCAACUACCAAACAAGGUCAUGCCCAAUGUGUCAGGUCCUCCCGGCCAGGGCUCGCCUAUGAUCCCGGAUGGUGCUUCGCUGAAUGCGUUCUACAAUGCUGGUGAGCUGGCCGGCCCCGCUGCUAUGCGCGGUGGGCCUGGCGUUCCACCGGCAGGCGGUGGGAGCAACCACGCCCUGCAGGACUAUCAGAUGCAGCUGAUGCUCCUUGAACAGCAGAACAAGAAGCGUUUGAUGAUGGCUCGCCAGGAGCAGGACGGCAAUGUCGGCAUGGGCCGCCCUGACGGCACCCCUGUUGGCACGGUCGGCACCCCGGGCGUUCCUGGUGCUCCUGGCCAGCCCGGCGUUCCUGGUGGCCCCGGCGGCCCCGGCGCGCCCAACGUCGGCCAGCAAUUCCCUGGCUCGUCGCCCCAGGGUGGCCGCCCUGGUGCCUCGCCUAGCCCUGCUGAUCAGAUGAAGCGCAACAACCAGCAGAUGGCUGGCAACGGCAUGGGCUCACCGCUGCCUGACAACACGCAGUCCCGCGGCUCACCGAACGCCGCGAACUUUAUGAACACGCACAUGGACCCGUCCAUGGCGCCCAACUUCUUCAAGGUCGACGGCAACAUGGCUGCUCAGCAAAUGAACGGCAUGCGGACCCCUGGCGCCCACCCCGGUAUGCCUUUCAACGGCCCCAUGAACCCGCAGAUGAUGGCUGCUGCUCGUCAGCAGCAGCAGCAACAGCAACAGGCUGCCGCUGCGGCCGGUGCUGCAGGCCAGGGUGGUCCUCCGAUCCAGUGGCAGCAGGGUGCACCCAACGGCGGUCCGAUGAACGGCCCGCAGGGCGGUGCUCCGCAAGCCCCGCAGCCGCAGGGCACACCUCAGCAGAGAGCGAUGCCGCCACCGUCCGCACCUGGUGCUGCUGCCGCCAGCGCCAACCAGCGGACAACGGCCUCGCCCCAGACAAGUACUGCGGCGCCCCCGACGCCACAGACGGCCGCCAAGGCCAACCCGAAGAAGAAGGACGGCAAGGCUACGAAGAAGAAACCGCAGACUGCCGCGCAGAAAAAGUCCGCGUCGAACCUCAACGCCGCAGCAACACCGGCCGGCGAACCCUCGACUACCGAUGCCGAGCCACCGACACCGGCAACGCCAAUCACGCCCGGCAACGCGGCAGGUUUCAACGGCAAGCCGGCAGGCCCUGCCGUGUCAGCGCCUCCCGCUGGCGCCAAUGUUCCGAAUGGCCAGCCGACUGCUGUUACGGCGCCUGGCGUGACCCCUGUCCCGCCACCGGCACCGGCCGCGGCUGACCCCAACCAGAACUCGGCGUUUGGCAUGGACAACACAUCGAUGACGUUUGGCCUCGAGUUUGCCGACCCUAUGGCGUCAGGAGACGUGCUCAACGACUUCGACUUCGAUACGUUCCUGCACGAGACCAACGAAGACGGCAGCGGCUUUGACUUUGGCUCGGCCACUUUUGGUAUUGAAGGCACGGGCGAGAUCGGUGCUGACUAG